AACGAUCACUCUGAAACCAUGAAAAACACCACUCAAACUAAACACAAUAAAGCACAAAAUAACUCAACAGGGUAAAGCAGAUAAACAAAACAGUUCCCGACCCUUAAAGUGUGCAACAAUUGAAAAAUAUUUCGUCUCUUUCAUCCCCUGAAUGGCAUCGGCUAUCCCUCUACUCGCAGCGUGCUUUUAAUAAAUUUAUUGUUAAAGAAAUGUAUAUAAAAGUUGUCGAAAUGAAAAAGGGGUCCCAGUCAGUGACUUGUGACGCGUGUGACUACACCCUGUGUGAAAUGAUGUCCGUAGAGCAGACCUACUCGAGGCUUUUUAGGCCGUGGGACGUCAGUGAUAGAAACAAUGUAAAGCAAACAAACUUAGACUGUGAUAAAACUAAUUUGUAUGACGUCAAAGCGAAGAAAAUCAAAUCGGAGGAGAAACGAGAGAAUCGCCUUAGGAAAAUUCGCGGUACAUUCAAGAAGGCUGAAGCUAACGUCCAUCAGGAUGCUACCGUUUCAACGACCACUGCUGACGCCGAGGAAGAUAAAAAAACGAGUUUGAAUAUUCAAAAAUGUGAAACUUACGAAUCGCCGGUAGCGAGUUUGAGCUUGUGCUGCGAUAGAUUACUCGAGGAACCGAAAAAGGAUCUAAGCAAGAACAAAGAAUGCAUUAGUUACCCAUCCAGCAUACCUCCAGCAGUGAUGCCGCAAACGAUCUACAAUCCAGCUUUUAUACCGGAUUAUCUCCCCUCAGCGGACAUCGCACAAGCUCUGGGAGUGCCACCAACAGACCCGUUGCUUUUAGAAUCACUAGCGCAAGGAUACGCGAUGGAGCUGGAGUAUGCGAGAAUACUGCAGCAAGAGAACGAGGCAAAGUUGCUGAACGCGAGAAAACAGCGGCCGAAAAAGUACAAGUGUCCCCAUUGCCAAGUAGGUUUCUCGAAUAACGGCCAAUUGAAAGGCCACAUUCGGAUUCACACUGGUGAGCGACCUUUCAAGUGCGACGAGAAGAAUUGCGGCAAGACCUUCACGAGGAACGAAGAGUUGACGAGGCAUAAGAGGAUACAUUCGGGAGUUCGGCCGUUCCCUUGCCCUACUUGCGGUAAGAAGUUCGGGAGGAGAGACCAUUUAAAAAAACACACAAGGACGCAUUACAUGCAAGCGGAGAGAAUGAUGCCGGUUUUCGUGCCUCUAUCAGCCGUACCUCACGCUUUUCCGUAUUUAUAUGGUUACUAACCCAUGCUCUUUUUGAUACUUAGUAAAACUUGUUUACUCUUUAAUAAUAAACAGAAGAAUAUUGAAUAAUAUGAAAAUGAUGG